AUGCUUCGUCUCCGCCGGACUUUGGCUUUGUGCUUCUCGUGUUGCUUCCUGGUCACACUUCACAGGCAGGCUCUUGCUGAUGAGGAGGGCCACUGGGGACCAACACCAUCAAGAGAGCCGCCUGGAGAAACCCCACCUGCAGAGAAAACUAAUUCUUACUGGUGGGCUCCAUCUCUGCCAAGGCUCCCUUCCUUUCCCUCGGCAUCGUUCCAUAUCCCCUUUAAUCCAUGGGGUGAGUCUUCGGAAACCAAGGACGAGGACGCAGCAUUGACCACAGCUGCUGAAGGGUUGACAGAACCAAUCAAUCUCUCGCCAGAACAUUCAGGUUUGGGGGAAAGCAGCAUUUCUACCACUUCUAAACCACCCACCACCUCGACUCAGGAGUUCCUCACCAGUAUGACAGAGAUAAGAAAAGAAUCACUUCCCACAGGGACAUCAGACUCUCUGCACAGCAGCACAGUGCAGAGUGACAAUGAUACUCUUGUUUCAGACUCCUACUCACCCAGCAGCGCUCCCAUCAGAAACACUCUGUUCUCCAACAAUCCCACCAGCACAAAUGCUCCAGCGCAAAAUGCAACACGUCCCCACCUAGCCCAGGGCACUGUGCAAGCUGCAGGACCCAGCACGGGGGCCUCCGCAUACCACCUCCCAAAGGAACACACUGAGAAAAAGGAGGUUGAAGGUUUUCAAAAGGAGGUGGUAACAGCCACUUCAGCGACAACACCAGAAACUACAGUUCCCACUGUCUUGAUAUGGGCGCCAGUCCAAACAACGACAAUAAACCCAGGACUGGUAGAAACCACGCUGACCAGACACCCAUUAGUCUCCGUUAGUCCUCCUACAUCCCCAGGAAUCAUGUUUGUCACAACACCAAAGGAGUCGACUGUUAGCAUUAACCUCAGCACUGAAGAAGCCACAAUGAUCAAAGCUCAACCCACUCAGACUAAAGCGGGCCCGGGCUUCCCGGAGGCCCAGUCAGGGCCAACGGAGGAACAGCCAGGGAUCAUCACCACUGCUCUGGGGAUCAAUCACAAACCAGAGCUGGAAUCCAUAACAAGCACAACUCAGAGCCCAAAGGUUAACUUCCCAAUAGCAGGAGAGCCGCCAGACAAAGAAGAUGAAGAGGAUGAGGUUAAUGAAGGUGUGGUCCCUUCAGCAGCUGACUUAGAUAGAAAGACAAGACCAGCAGACAUUUUCACGGCAUCGACCAGGCUCCUGACAACAUCUCAGUUACUGCCAACAGGCGGUGCUCCAGAAAUUCCACAUAUUCCUGUGUACACCGAAGACUGGUUGACCAACACAGAAGACAGCGACAUCAUCUUCCUCCCUGACUGCAAUAAAGAACGUUCUGGGAUCUGCAACCUGUCUGAGACCUGGGACUCCACAACCUCCUCAGAUGUCUCUCCCACCCAAAACACCACCACUGCCAACCAGUCAAACAAUCCCUUCCUGAUCCCAGCCCCACCCAUGUUAGUGCCCUUGUACACUGACUGGAACAGCGCCAUGGCAACCUGGGGCCUGGCCUGGGAGGCACAUAUUUAUGGUGCUGGUUGCAUCUUUGCUAUGCUGACCCUGGCCUCAGCGCUCAACCUACUGUGCUUGCCUCUGCGAUGCCCGUCUGGAUGUGGCUACUUCGCCCUGGUCAGUCUGUUUCUACUAGCUGCCAGUUGUACAAGAGCUUUUUCUCUUCUAUAUGAUGCCUAUGGCCACCAGGACCGCUUAAACUCCACAGAAGCAUCACUGAUGCUCUAUGAAGCCCCAUUUCCCUGUCUGACCGCUGCCUUUGGCCUGGUCUUCCUUCUGCUCUCCAUGCGCUCCAGAAUGCAGCUCUCCUAUUCAGCUUUCCAGAGGCCCUGUUUCCUGGCUUGCCUUGUUGUCAUGCACUUUGCUGCUGCAUUUGGUCCGGUGACACUGCUCAAAUUCUACCAGCAAAAGCCUCCCCUUUGCCUCUUUCUCUCUCUCAUCUCCCGUGGUGCAUUUGUGGCACUGGCAACCUUUUUAUCUGCUGCCUAUUUUGUAUUCUAUAUCUAUGUGCGGGCAGAUUCAAAGCACAUCUACCACCUGAAUAACACAUCUCCAACACCGGCUGAGCGUUACAACCGUUGUCCCUUUGCUGAAAGCCGGGACUGGGACCGUGCAGCUGUAACAGUUUGCCUGUCAGCACUGUUCUCACUAGCAUGUGCCGGGCUGCAGUUAUAUGCAAUGCUCAAUGCUAUGGGGAUUGCUGGAGGAGAGGAGGUCUUCCGUCCCUGGCAAUGGUGGGCCUUCCAGUUCAGCUGCAGAGUGUGUGAGCUUGGGGUUUGUCUCACCCUAGCAUUGGUGGUUGCACAACCGGUCUACUGCUCUGAUCACCUCCCAGCUGCCGGAAGCUGUUGGACUGAACUGCUGGCAGCCAAGUCGCCAAUCCUGCCUGGGAGCUACCAAUGGACCCUAAGCCAACAGGAGAAGCUGGCCAUUGUCGACACUGUUGGGCUUGGAGAGACAGAGAACCUUCCCCUAUACACUCUGGUGGAUGAGAGGCUUGGUAGUAGUCUGAACGGCUUGGAUCUCCUCUACCACAGCAACCGUGCCUUGGCCUACCGAGACCUGGACAUAGAUUUGGACUUACAGGGUUCAGAAAAACCAGAAGAUGGAGGAUGUGGAGCUACAUCAGGUGGAUCUUCAUUUACCAGUGACUCUACUGCAGACCUGCGGCCACCUUCACCUAUCAACCUGCGUCGCAGCAUAGAUGAGGCACUCUUCAGUGAGGCCCUCUUUCCAAUGAGCCUGUUCAGCCCUUCUAAGCCUGUCCGCUGCAGUGACCUAUCCCUAAAUAACCAUAGUGCACUUCCCAACGGUGGGCAGGCUCUCUGUGAUCCACUCUCCAUUGACCCUGGUCUGUAUCGGACCUCAUCCUGCGUGGAGAUGAUUUCUCAACCCCAGCCCCCUCGUGUCCAGCCUCGAGGAGACACAGUUGUGGGUUCCCCACCAUCUCCUUCCCUGUCCUCCUCAAGUUGUUCGUCUCCUGAACGUUGGAGGGGCAGUUCUUCCUCUUGCUCCCUAUACAGGCCCUCUCUAGGGGGGUCCUCGCUGGUCAUCUGCCCCAGCCCAGAGAGACAAACUCAACAGCAUGCCCAGGAGGAGGACUCAGGCUUCAUGGCAUGCUCUGGUCACCAGGAAUCUGCUGACCUGCAGAGGCGCUAUCAUACACUGGGGUCAGCGUCACAGGAGAGCCUGGACCUUGACAUGUCAUCUGAGGCAGACCGAUCUGUGCAGGAGGAGUUCAUUAGCGUUUGCAGACAAAUUGAUGCUUUGAGCAUCUGCAGUGAGACUAUUGAUUUAUAGGACAUUCUUGUCAAUGAAGGGCUAGACUGAGAACUUAUUAUGAUUGGUGUCUGAUUCGUGGGGCAAGUUGUCAGAUGUUUUUUACAGCCUAUUGAUAGUGCAUGGUAGCUUUUGUCUACACCAAGUAAGACCAUAUGCUGCCAAAAGUAAUUUUUGGAGAUUUGAUAAGCUUUUAAAGGUGGUUAUUAGUUAAUGUCUUCGAAGGUCCAAGUGCCAUGAAUGUCAAAAGCCAAAAGGUAAUUUGUAAGUGAUUUUUUUCAUGUUUGACAACGGAUGUUGAAGUUUGAUACUCUGAAAUAAAGCACUGGUCUUUCCAGUAACGUUUUACUGAAGGGGAAAUAACAGGAAUUUAUUUGUACAAAAUGUUUUUAUUGCAUUCCAAUAGAUAGUACUGUGACUGAAAUAAGCACUUAUUUAAUUAGACUACUGAUAUUAAAUCAUAUGCUUUCAAAAUCCAUAGAAUAACACUGUCAUUCAAUGUCAUGUUGAAAUAAUGGGAUGAAUACUAGGUUUGUCAAAUUGGAACCUCCUACAUCAUCCAGUUUUCACGUGCAGCAAUGGUGUAACAGUGACCUCUACUGGUGUUAUACAUACUAUGUUACUGUAUUACACUCAUCCUCUAUAUUUAACAUCAACAACGGCUUGUGCUUCUAAACAUCUUACUCUCCAGACAGUAUCUUCUAUGACGAGCUUAAUUUAUUUACGUUCAAACAAUACAUUUCUUUUAUCUCAAUACAUUGUUUAAUAAAGUUUUUUAUAUAUAU